UUUAUGCGUCACGAGAAGAAUGAACAAAGAGCAAAACCAAAUUGUAAAGGCUUGGGAAGCAGCAGUUAGAAAAUCAGCUGGUCCAAAAAGAAGGGCAAAGAGCAUUUUCACACCAAUGUCUGUUGCCCAUGUUGAUGAUGACGAUGAUGAUUUGAAUUCAAGCCAUGACCGAGGGUUCGGGUUCGGAUUCGGAAUCGGGACAAUGAAAAGAGGAGGAGAAGAAUCUGGAACCCAUGUUGAGAAAAUCCUGUCCAAUGGCGACUUCUACACUGGAAAUUGCCUUGAUAACCUCCCCCAUGGGCAAGGUAAGUACCUAUGGACAGAUGGGUGCAUGUAUGUUGGGGAAUGGCAAAAGGGUAAAACCAUGGGUAAGGGUAGGUUUAGUUGGCCUAGUGGUGCAACCUAUGAGGGUGAUUUCAAAGAUGGUCAUAUGGAUGGUAAGGGUACUUAUAUUGGUUCAUCUGGGGAUACUUAUAAGGGUUGUUGGGUAAUGGAUUUGAGACAUGGAAAUGGGACUCAAAGUUUUCCCAAUGGGGAUUUCUAUGAUGGGGAAUGGAGGAAAGGGAUGCAAAGUGGUCAUGGUAGGUAUCAAUGGAAGAAUGGGAACCAUUACAUUGGUCAAUGGAGGCAUGGUUUGUUCUCAGGGAAUGGGACAAUGAUGUGGAGCAAUGGGAAUAGGUAUGAUGGUUGUUGGGAGGAGGGCUUGCCCAAAGGGAACGGAACCUUCCGCUGGGGCGAUGGAAGCUUCUAUGUUGGGGUUUGGAGUAAGGAUCCAAAGGAACAGAGUGGGACUUAUUAUCCAUCAGGAUCUUGUGCUGGAAACUUGGAAUGGGAUCCUCAAGAGCUUUAUUCAGUUGAUUUGGAUGAAUGCAGGUUGUGGCCGUGCGAGAAGGUGGCUAUUUACCCUUCGCACAAGACGUUGAAUCCGGCCGGCUUGGAGGAGGAGGAGGAACCGACGUUUAAGAAGAGCGACGCCUGCGAGCGGCCGAGGUGGAAAUCCGUCGACGGAAGGCUUAGUAAUUAUAGCUCUGAAGAUGGUUCUUCUUACUCUUAUGAUGGAAGUAGUUUGGGAAGUCCUCUUGUUGAUCCUUCGCUUCCAAGAGCUCCCAAUUUCAGGCUUAAGCCCCCUAAACGCCAAGGAGAGACUAUAGCUAAAGGUCAUAAGAAUUAUGAACUCAUGCUAAAUUUGCAACUAGGUAUCAGACAUGCUGUUGGAAGACCUGCUCCUAGUACAUCUCUUGAUCUAAAAUCUUCUGCAUUUGAUCCCAAAGAAAAAGUAUGGACAAAGUUUCCAUCAGAAGGGUCCAAAUACACACCACCUCACUCAUCUUGCGAGUUUAAAUGGAAAGACUAUUGUCCGGUAGUGUUUAGGGCUCUAAGAAAAUUGUUCAAGGUUGAUCCAGCUGAUUAUAUGUUAUCGUUAUGUGGGAAUGAUGCCCUUCGGGAACUCUCAUCGCCAGGAAAAAGUGGUAGCUUUUUUUAUUUAACCCAUGAUGACCGAUACAUGAUCAAGACCAUGAAGAAAGCAGAAUGUAAAGUUUUUCUUAGAAUGUUGCCUGGUUACUACAAACAUGUUAGAGCUUUUGAGAACACUUUAGUCACCAAGUUUUUCGGCCUCCAUUGUGUUAGAUUAACGGGAACAGCUCAAAAAAAGGUUCGAUUUGUCAUCAUGGGAAAUCUAUUCUGUUCACAGUACCCCAUCCAUAGGCGCUUUGACUUAAAAGGUUCAACCUUUGGUCGAACAACUGAUAAGCCUGAAUCUGAAGUAGAUCCUACCGUAACACUCAAGGACCUUGAUCUAAAUUAUUUAUUUCGAUUGCGGAAGGCUUGGUUUCAAGAAUUUUGCAGGCAAGUGGAUAGGGACUGUGACUUUCUUGAGCAGGAGAGGAUUAUGGAUUAUAGCUUGUUGGUUGGUCUUCACUUUCGGGGAAUAUCGUGUGGUGAAAAUGUUACGCCUUCUUCUGGCCGCAGUUCAGGCACUCGAACCCCAACUGGGAGUGGUAAUAAUUUCGAUGAUGGAGCCCUUCGCCUUUUUGGAGUGGACGUCGAUCCCCUUGCAACAGAUCCUAAUCGGUGGAUUCACUUAGGAAUAAGCAUGCCAGCACGAGCUGAAUCUACAAUGCGAAGAAGUAGCGUUAGUGAGACUCCUCAGCUGGUUGGAGAACCAACAGGGGAGUUAUAUGACAUCAUCAUUUUCUUUGGCAUUAUAGACAUAUUACAAGACUAUGACAUAAGUAAAAAGAUCGAGCACGCUUACAAAUCGUUCCAGUACGAUCCCACCUCCAUCUCCGCCGUCGAUCCAAGGCUAUACUCUAGACGGUUUCGCGAUUUCCUCUUCAGAGUUUUUGUAGAGGACAAGGUUUAGAUUUCAAAAAAUGACCAGCACUAACCGGCAACACUGAUUUCUACACACUAGUUGGAGGGUGUUUUCUGAAAGACAGAAUAUAACACAUUUCUCAACUUUAAUUUGUUGAUUUUUCCCUUUCCAUCUUCAAUACACACACCCCCCACUCCUCUUACACUUUGUGAUUUCAUUUUGAUCAUAGCAUGUAUGUUUUAGAUUAGAUCAAUAUUGUUCAGAGUUAAUUAUGCCUUAUCUCCAAUUGUAAAUGAAUCAACAAAAAGGGGUCUGUAACAACAUUCGAAAUUAUUCUUUUUUGUUAACCUUUUUUCCCAUGUUAACCUUAUGUCUAAGGCUGAAUAAAAAUAUAAAAAAGAUGAGGUUAUGGUGGAAUUAUGUUUUUGUGUUACAAUCUCGUGCGACCUCUUAAAUGAGUACGAGAAGACUAUACCAUUUGAGCUAUAACUCAUUGGCAAUAUUUCCAUGCAUAUGAAGUACAUUCAAGAGAAGUGUUGUAUGAGUUAGCCUUACUCAUUUA